ACAACAAACAUGACGGUAUAUACUCCGUAGGAAAGAUUGUUUAUACCUCCAAAGAAUUAAACCUUUGUUUUGGUUCCUAAUGGCCACAUUUGGUUGGAGCUACAAGUCUAAUGCAAGUGGAAGUAAACGUCCCAGUGAACAAUCGAGAAAAGUUGAGAGCUGGCAGGAGAAACGCGCAGAGGACGCACCGAAACCCCCACCCCUGCACCCCCAAUCACAUUCAGCUGAAACUUUGACAGCGGGAACCCAACCUAAGAGGAGAAAAUAUGACCCAAGAGCCAAGAUAUUUGUUGGUAACUUAGACUGGGAAACUAAAGAAGUAACCAUCGCUGAAAUUUUCUCUACCUUUGGAGAAAUAGAGGCAGUUAAGGUUAUCAAGGAUCAUGAAACUGGUACUUCAAGAGGGUUUGCCUUCAUUACAUUCUGUGAAGUAGACUCUGCUGUGAAAUGUAAAACAUGGUGUGCUUAUAACCAUUUGAAAAUUGAUGAUAGAAAUGUAACUGUGAGAGCUGCUGAGCGUCGACAGAUCAAUUAUGCAGCAGUAGAAAAGAGGAAAUGUGCAGAGGAUAACAACCCCACUUUAUACUGGGAGUACAAGUGGACUGAGGACCCUAAAGCAGAGGUAUACGGUCCCUAUGAAACGAGUUUGAUGUUACAGUGGUCUAAAGCUGGAUAUUUUGAUGCAGGUUGUUGGGUGCGAGAACAAGUGACCAAAAAAAGUGACGAGAACUCGUCUGAACCUUCAUGUAAGACAGCCAGACUGGUGGAUCAAAGCUAUUCAGAUUCAAGUGAUUCUGAGGAUGACACGCCAUCUGUGGGGGACCCUGAAGAAAAUCAAUUUGUUCACGUGUCUGAGAUAGAUUUCUCUAUUUUUCCUUGAGUACGUGCAUCACUUGAAACAUCAGACAGUUUGAGUGUUAAUGGAUUCUUUGACAGAACUGCAUCGGAGUGAGCGUUGGGAGGACAGCUAAAUGAAAGAGAAAAUGCAUUUUAUAAAUAAACUUUGAGUGGUGUGCGAGUCCCAAUCGCCAUUUUUGUUUGUUUCGUCACGCAAUGCAUUCCAAAUCAGAUCAGCGGCGGGUAACGGUCACGUCAGUAUGUCAAGUUGACAGUUUGUGGUUACAAUUACGUUGAAACCCUAUAAGUUAUAGUAAGAUAAGCCAGGUACGUAGGACAUAUCGGAGUUUGGAAUUUAAACAGUCACAUUAAAAGUUUGUUACGCGAACAAAUCAAGAAUCUGAGCUAUCUUACUUAUGGUCAGAACUAAAAUCACCACUUCAUUGAACAUUGCACGUUUUAGUCAAACGUCUCAAACGUGUCAUCAAUCUAAUAUAUGUAUGUGUUAUUACUUCCGUUAACGGCUAGCAGAGAAUCUAAAUGACCCAAAAACUACUUUGACUGUAAAAAAAAAAAAGUAAUAAAACAUUUUAAACCGUU